AUGUCAUAUGCUUCGAAAUUGCAGAAGUUAUUACAGAUAAACGCAGGUUUACAUCAGGCCUGGAUUUACGUAUGGGCUAAAUGGGCUAUAUCCCAGGGCGGCAGAUUUAAGGAAUCGGCAAAUUUUGAGAUAUAUUUUUUUAAAAAUUUGAAACAAAAUAAAAAAAACAGAAAAAAUAUAGUCACUAGAAACAUCGGCUUAACCAGGAAAAGUUUGGAUCAAGUCCACUACAAUUUAAAUUUAGAUGCCAGACAUAUUGUAGAAAUAUUUAGUUUAAAGAAAAAAAGACUGCCUGAAACUUCUUCUGACUUCUUCGUAAUUCUCGUCGUUCCUUGUUAUUUCGUGCACUUUUAUCUUUAUUCUUUUCUCCUCUUUUCUCUCGUUCCUUUUCCUCAUUAUAUAGUUAGUGAUGCCGCGUCACGUGACUUUCCAAUCGUUCACGCCUUUUUGCUAGUAGCCAGUGCAAGAGAACAAGAUAUGGAAAAAUACGAGAAAAGAAAGAGGCACGAGCAACUAAACGAGCAGCAGAGUUAA